AUGGAGGUUUUAUCUACUUCCUCGCCUCUUACGCUUCACUCUCGCCGUCUCGCCUCUUCUUCCACUCACCGUUUUGACUCUUCUUCUUCCGUUACCUCCUUCGCCGCUUCUUCCCUUUCUUCUUUCGCUUCUUCCUAUCUCGGAAUCUCCCUCUCCAACCGGACGAUCCACCGUUUCUCCACAAGUCCGGCCAACUUCCGACGAUUUCCCCUGAGGAAACGGAAGAAAUUCACUCCGAUUUCGGCUGUUUUCGAGCGGUUCACCGAACGGGCGAUCAGAGCUAUAAUCUUCUCCCAGAAGGAAGCCAAAUCGUUGGGGAAAGACAUGGUCUACACUCAACACCUUCUCCUGGGGUUGAUCGCAGAAGAUCGUGACCCUCAAGGGUUCCUUGGAUCCGGAAUCACCAUAGACAAGGCCCGUGAAGCUGUCUGGAGUAUCUGGGACGAAGCUAAUUCCGAUUCAAAUCUGUCGAAUCAGGAAAAAGCUUCGUCUACUUCCUACUCCAAGUCCACAGAUAUGCCGUUUUCUAUCAGUACGAAGCGCGUCUUCGAGGCUGCCGUUGAGUACUCUAGGACUUUGGAGUGUCAAUAUAUUGCUCCGGAGCAUAUCGCCGUCGGACUCUUCACCGCUGAUGACGGUAGCGCCGGUAGAGUUCUCAAGAGAUUGGGAGCAAAUAUGAAUCUGCUCACAGCGGCAGCACUCACCAGACUCAAAGCAGAACUUGCCAAAGAUGGCAGAGAACCGUCUCUUUCAUCUAAGGGGAGCUUCGAUGCUUCCACCAAUGGUCGAAUUGCUGGUUCUGGAAAUGCUGGAAAAACGAAAGCGAAAAAUGUACUGGAACAGUUUUGUGUGGAUCUUACAGCACGUGCAAGUGAGGGCCUUAUUGACCCUGUUAUUGGCAGGGAAAAAGAAGUUCAAAGAGUCAUCCAGAUACUUUGCCGCAGAACCAAAAACAACCCAAUUCUUCUUGGUGAAGCUGGUGUUGGGAAGACCGCCAUUGCUGAAGGACUAGCAAUUAGUAUUGCUGAAGCAAAUGCUCCUGGUUUUCUCUUGACGAAACGCAUCAUGUCCCUGGAUAUAGGACUACUAAUGGCCGGUGCAAAAGAAAGGGGAGAACUGGAGGCACGGGUCACUGCUUUGAUAAGCGAGAUUAAAAAAUCAGGUAAAGUCAUUCUCUUUAUAGAUGAAGUCCACACACUAAUUGGGUCUGGCACAGUCGGAAGAGGAAACAAGGGAUCCGGGCUUGACAUUGCUAACCUCUUAAAACCAUCGCUUGGAAGGGGUGAACUUCAGUGCAUUGCAUCCACAACCCUUGACGAAUUUAGGAGUCAGUUUGAGAAGGACAAAGCACUAGCAAGGAGAUUCCAGCCAGUGUUGAUUGACGAGCCAAGCGAGGAAGAUGCAGUGAAGAUUUUGUUGGGCUUACGUGAAAAAUAUGAAGCCCAUCACAAUUGCAAAUAUACUAUGAAAGCCAUAGAUGCUGCGGUAUACCUUUCAGCACGAUACAUCGCUGAUAGAUUUCUUCCAGAUAAAGCUAUCGAUCUCAUUGAUGAGGCAGGAAGCAGAGCUCGUAUUGAAGCUUUUAGGAAGAAAAAGGAGGAUGCAAUCUGUAUCCUUUCGAAGCCACCUGAUGAUUAUUGGCAAGAGAUCCGAACUGUUCAGGCCAUGCAUGAAGUGGUUCUGUCAAGCAGGCAGAAGAAUGAUGAUGGUGAUGCCAUUGCAGUUGAGUCUGGUGAAGUAGUUGAGGAGUCUUCUCUGCCGCCUGCAGCAGGCGACGAUGAGCCUAUAGUGGUGGGACCUGAUGAUAUUGCAAACGUUGCAUCGGCUUGGUCUGGAAUUCCUGUUCAACAGGUCACUGCAGAUGAAAGAAUGCUUCUUUUGGGUCUAGAAGAGCAGCUUAGAAGCAGAGUUGUUGGUCAAGAUGAGGCUGUAGCUGCCAUAUCUAGAGCUGUUAAGAGGUCCCGGGUUGGGUUAAAAGAUCCCGACCGUCCAAUUGCGGCUAUGCUUUUUUGUGGACCAACUGGAGUUGGAAAAACAGAGCUUACAAAAGCUCUGGCCGCAAAUUAUUUUGGAUCGGAGGAAUCCAUGCUGAGAUUGGACAUGAGCGAGUACAUGGAGCGUCAUACUGUGAGCAAAUUGAUAGGCUCUCCUCCUGGAUAUGUUGGGUUUGAAGAAGGUGGGAUGCUUACUGAAGCUAUCAGGAGACGUCCUUUUACUGUAGUUUUGUUCGAUGAGAUAGAGAAAGCCCACCCGGAUAUCUUCAAUAUUCUUCUCCAGCUGUUCGAAGAUGGCCAUCUAACCGAUUCACAGGGAAGGAGAGUAUCUUUUAAGAACGCACUGAUCAUAAUGACCUCUAAUGUCGGAUCAUCAGCCAUUGCAAAGGGAAGACACGGCUCAAUAGGUUUUAUCCUUGAUGAUGAUGAAGAGGCAGCAUCUUAUGCCGGAAUGAAAGCUUUGGUAGUCGAAGAACUCAAGAACUAUUUCCGUCCAGAGUUGUUGAACCGGAUAGAUGAGAUUGUCAUUUUCCGGCAGCUUGAGAAGGCUCAGAUGAUGGAGAUCUUGAACCUGAUGCUACAAGACUUGAAGUCAAGGCUUGUGGCACUUGGAGUUGGUUUAGAGGUGUCUGAAGCCGUAAAGGAGCUCAUAUGCAGACAAGGCUAUGAUCCAGCGUACGGUGCACGGCCACUCCGUAGAACCGUCACAGAGAUUGUGGAAGAUCCACUUAGCGAAGCCUUUCUUGCUGGGAGCUUCAAGCCCGGUGACACGGCUUUCGUGGUCCUCGAUGAUACUGGAAACCCAUCGGUUAGGACCAAACCAGAUUCUUCCACUGUACGGGUUACGGACAAGACAUCCAUCGCAUAG